GAAAAUAGUAACCAUUAGCUCUAUUUAAUUAUGUCACCCACAGAGAAAUCCACCAUUGAGGUUGCCCAACCUACUUCUAAGGACAUUGUUGAAACCUUGGAUAUUGAACCCACUCUGUCUGCCAAGGAAGAGGCUCCCAAGUGGCCUUCAGUUCCUACCUUGUCAGUCGAUGAAGUUGUUUCCCAAGCUGUCAAGGAAUCCAAUUCUGCUGUCAAGGAGCCUUUCCAAUUCAAAAAGCCUAUUCGUCGCGCAGCCGUUAUUGGUACUGGUCCCGCAGGCGUCCCUACAAUCAAAGCCCUUCACGCCCAGGGAAUCGAAGUCAGAGCCUUUGACAGAAACCCCAAGGCUGGUGGUAUCUGGGCUUACUCCGAUGCUCCCUCGGCAAAGCCUAAGAUGCCUUCUACUGAAUUAGCACCAAAGUCCAAGAACGUCGCACCGGUUGUUGGCAUCCACGAGGAAACAGUGGAGUUGACAAAUGAGGUUGAGAAAUCGUUACUUGAACAGUACCCUGCUUCAGCUUGUUACAAAGACCUUUAUACCAACACACCUAUCAAGAUCACCGAGUACAUUGACUUUCCCGGAGACCACUCCAAAACUUACAUGUGGCAUCAGGAGUUUCAGGACUACCUUUCCAGAUACCUUACCCACUUUGGUCUUGAUUCCCUGAUCGAGUACAACACCAACGUCGAACACGUCUACAAGGCCAAGGAUGAAGAAGGAUCGGAGUGUUGGCAUUUAACUCUGUGCAAGUCGGAGCGUGUGGAGGGUAAUAAGAUCCAUGUCAAGCGCUGGACAGAGACCUUUGAUGCCGUAGCAAUUGCCACUGGUAUCCAUCAGAACCCCAAGAUUCCUGCCUUUGAGUUUCUCGAAGAGUUUGAUGCUCGCUGGCCCGAGAAGUGCUCUCACUCAAAGCAAUAUAGAAUCCCAGAACCUUUCCGUGAUUUGAAUGUCCUCGUUGUUGGCGGACAUACCUCUGCUGUCGAUAUCACCCGACACUUGGAAGGCAUUUCCAAGAAUGUGUACCUCUCCUAUCGUGGUCCGCGUGAGAUCGAGAGCAAUAUCCUUGGUCUGAUCCGUACCGGUGUCCCAGAGUCAACCAUCAUCAUGCCUGCUCUGACCAGUCUGUCCAAUGCGGACGGCCUGGUUGACGGAACCGUAAAGUUUAUUGAUGGCCAGACUCUGGAGAACAUUGAUCGCAUCGUCUUCUGCACAGGUUUCACGAGCGACUACAGUUUCCUUGAUGAUCUGAUCAUUGAGGAUCACGACGAAUACGUCAAGCUUGGACACGAAUCCGUCUCUGUACCGGCCACAGAUGGCCAGACCGUGUUCAACUCUUACCGCCACCUCUUCUUUAUUCCUGAUCCUACCCUGACCUUCAUUGGAGCUCCCCCAAACCUGACUACCGUUCCAUUCUUUGACUACCAGGCACGUGCUGUUGCCCGUGUCUGGGCUGGAAAGGCGCUAUUACCCACUCAGAAAAACAUGUUCAGCUACACUAAAGAGUACAAGCCUGUGUGUUACCCAUUGUCUUUUGGCGCUGAACCAGAACUUCUCCGUUGCGAAGAUCUUGUUGUCUGGCUGAAUAGUCAUGCUGAAGCCCUGGGUCACACCGACCUCCCUCCUGUUCUUAACCACAACAAGUGGAUGGACACUGUCUGGGCCCACGCCGUUCCUAACUUUAGGAACGAUUCUGAUGCCAAGUUGGCCGAGGUUAAGGAAAGAGUUAAGCUCAGAAUGGCAUCUGCUUAAGACGUAUAUAUAUCUUUACAUACAUAUAUACAUACAAACAAACAAACAAACCUACACAUAAACACACUGACACACGGACACAUACACACAUACUUAAACUAUAUGUUUAUAUAAAUAAAUACAUACACAAAAGAUAUUAUAUAUAAU